AUUUGACUACCCAUAAAUAGUGUUCUUAUACUUUCUAAACAAUUUCAACACCUGGGUUUUGAUGGGUUUGCCAUCUUAUUCUUGGCAACCUGUGAAACCCUGUGUUCCCCAACCCACAAUCUGUGUGCUUUUUUCUUUUUCUUUUUUAUAUAUAUUUUUUUAAGUAGAUGAGGAUUUUGUAAUUGUUCUUAGGUUUUGGUUGUGUAAAGGAUUCUGAGAUUUUAAUUAAUCUGACUCUGCAAUUUGUGAGGAAAUCUUGUCCCAGUUUGAUUCAAUUGGCUUGAAAACAUGAGUUGUUUUUCGUGCUUUUCAUCCCACGGAAAGAAAUCAGCAAAGAGAUUAAACAGCAAGAAGAGGGAACCUGUUCCUGAUGCUGUUGUUCCAAAACAAAAAGAAGCCACCGCACCACCACAGCCCGAGAUUCCUAGAAGGGCCCCAGCUGAAGCUCCAAUAAAAAAGGAUGCCCCUAAAGAAGCUGCCAACAAUAUUGCAGCACAAACCUUCACCUUCCGUGAGCUAGCCACAGCAACAAAGAAUUUCAGACAGGAAUGUCUAGUAGGUGAAGGUGGAUUUGGACGAGUUUACAAGGGUAAGCUUGAAAAAACCAACCAGGUUGUAGCUGUGAAACAACUUGAUCGGAAUGGAUUGCAAGGAAACAAAGAGUUUCUUGUGGAGGUUUUGAUGCUGAGCCUCCUCCACCAUCAAAAUCUGGUGAAUCUUAUCGGGUAUUGUGCUGAUGGUGAUCAGAGGCUUCUGGUUUAUGAGUACAUGCCUUUGGGAUCUUUGGAAGACCAUUUACUUGAUAUUCCAUCAGGACAAAAAUCUUUAGAUUGGUUCACGAGGAUGAAAAUAGCUCUAGGUGCUGCCAAGGGUCUGGAAUAUUUGCACGAUAAGGCCAACCCUCCUGUCAUAUAUCGUGAUUUAAAAUCAUCCAACAUUUUGCUGGACAAUGAGUUUGUUGCGAAGCUCUCCGAUUUUGGGCUAGCAAAGCUCGGUCCUAUUGGUGAUAAGACACAUGUAUCUUCGAGGGUGAUGGGAACAUAUGGUUAUUGUGCCCCGGAGUAUCAAAGAACAGGUCAACUGACCGUGAAGUCUGAUGUAUACAGCUUUGGCGUUGUUCUGUUGGAGUUAGUCACCGGGCGUAGAGCAAUUGACACCACUAGGCAAAAUGAGGAGCAAAAUUUAGUUUCUUGGGCAGAACCGAUAUUCAAAGAACCAAGUAGGUAUGUGGAAUUGGCAGAUCCAUUUAUUCAAGGAGACUUCCCCGUGAAAAGCUUGAAUCAAGCGGUUGCUAUUGCUGCCAUGUGUCUCCAAGAUGAUGCCUCGAUGCGUCCCUUGAUGAGUGAUGUUGUCAGUGCUCUCAGUUACCUUGGACCAGGACAAAAUGAAGGAACCGGUUCCCCUCUGUUAGCUCCCUUUGAUGAUGGAGCGAUGGGCACACGUGAAAAUCAUAAUGAUGAAGAGAGUGCAAAGGAACGCCAACGAGCAGUAGCAGAAGCAAUGGAGUGGGGUUCGAAUUCAAGGAAUAACCAAAUGAGAUCACAGACUGCAACUGAUUCAUCCGAGUAGUAACUUCUUAUUUUUAUUGUAAAGAUAUGAAAGCAACAUGGAUUUCUUGCUGUUAUGUCUAUUCAUAUAGUAUUUUUCUUUUCACAUUUGAAGAAUUAUUACUUGAAUUCAACAAUGAAGUGAGUAUAUAGCGAUACAUGAAAAUUAUUCCCCCCCCCCCAAAAGAUAAUUAAGAAAAAAAAAAAGAGUUCUAUGAGAA